AUGAUCAUCAACCACUUGGUAUUGACAGCCCUCAGCAUUGCACUAGCAAAUGACUACGAGUCCCUCGACUUGAGACACAUCGGAGUCUUGUACACUGCAGAGAUCCAAAUUGGAUCUGACGAAACUGAAAUUGAGGUCAUUGUCGACACUGGUUCUGCCGACUUGUGGGUCAUCGAUUCCGACGCUGCCGUCUGUGAGUUAUCCUACGAUGAGAUUGAGGCCAAUAGCUUUUCCUCGGCUUCUGCCAAAUUCAUGGACAAGAUAGCUCCUCCAUCACAAGAGCUCCUGGAUGGGCUGAGUGAGUUUGGAUUUGCUCUCGAUGGUGAAAUUUCUCAAUACCUAGCCGAUAAAUCUGGACGUGUUUCGAAAAGAGAGGAAAAUCAACAAGAUUUCAACAUUAACCGUGACGAGCCUGUGUGUGAACAGUUUGGUUCCUUCGAUUCUAGUUCUUCCGACACUUUCCAAAGCAACAAUUCAGCUUUUGGUAUUGCUUACCUUGAUGGAACCACUGCUAACGGAACUUGGGUCAGGGACACAGUCCGCAUCGGCGACUUUGCCAUCAGCCAACAGAGUUUUGCCUUAGUCAACAUCACAGAUAACUACAUGGGAAUCUUGGGUCUCGGUCCUGCUACCCAACAAACCACCAAUAGUAACCCAAUUGCAGCAAACAGAUUUACUUAUGAUGGUGUUGUGGAUUCAUUGCGGUCCCAAGGAUUUAUCAAUUCAGCAUCGUUUUCUGUUUACUUGUCUCCAGAUGAAGAUAACGAGCACGACGAAUUCAGCGACGGAGAAAUUUUAUUUGGUGCUAUUGAUAGGGCCAAGAUAGACGGGCCAUUUAGACUUUUCCCAUAUGUCAAUCCUUACAAACCAGUUUACCCCGAUCAAUAUACUUCCUACGUUACAGUGUCCACAAUUGCGGUGUCUUCGUCAGAUGAAACUCUCAUUAUUGAAAGACGUCCUCGUUUGGCAUUAAUCGAUACAGGUGCCACCUUCUCCUAUUUGCCAACCUACCCAUUGAUUCGUUUAGCGUUUUCCAUCCAUGGAGGCUUUGAAUAUGUUUCUCAAUUGGGACUAUUUGUCAUUCGUACAAGUUCUCUGUCUGUUGCUAGAAAUAAGGUGAUUGAGUUCAAGUUUGGUGAAGACGUUGUGAUCCAAUCCCCAGUUUCUGAUCAUCUAUUGGACGUCUCAGGCCUUUUUACUGAUGGCCAACAAUACUCCGCAUUAACUGUACGUGAAAGUCUUGACGGACUUUCCAUUCUAGGUGAUACAUUCAUCAAAUCGGCCUACUUAUUCUUUGACAAUGAAAACAGCCAGCUGGGUAUUGGUCAGAUCAACGUCACUGAUGACGAGGAUAUUGAGGUGGUCGGUGAUUUCACUAUUGAACGAGACCCAGCCUACUCCUCUACUUGGUCUAGCGAUUUACCUCAUGAAACACCCACUAGGGCUUUGAGUACUGCUUCAGGGGGAGGCCUUGGUACCGGAAUAAACACGGCCACAAGUCGUGCAAGUUCUCGUUCCACAUCUGGCUCUACUUCACGAACUUCUUCUACAUCUGGCUCUGCUUCUGGUACUUCUUCAGGUGCAUCUUCUGCUACUCAAAAUGACGAAACAUCCACUGAUCUUGGAGCUCCAGCUGCAUCUUUAAGUGCAACGCCAUGUCUUUUUGCCAUCUUGCUGCUCAUGUUGUAG